GAAAUGGGUAAACUUGAUUUCCUUCUUCUCUUGUUUCUCUCUAUUUUUGCUAUUUUCUCCCUUACCCAUGAAGCAGCAAUCACUUCUCUUCCUCUUGCCCAAAAUAAUUUGUCAUCUCAAUGCCCUAUGGACCUUAACUAUGUCUUUAAAAUCCCAUGGAACAAAACUUACUGCCAAAAUUACCAGCCAUCCAAAAAUAACACAGCCAGUCUCCAAAAUGAUGUGACCAAUGAGGAUCCAUGUUGCAGAAACCUUCUUCAUCUCUUUGGUAUAGGCCUUGCUCAGCAUCUUAAAGAAACCUCUCUCUUUGAGCUCCCUAGCUUACCCACCUCUGUUUCUUGCCUUCAAGAUUAUCAAACAAAGCUCAGCUCUCUUUCUUUACCUGAUGAUAUUGUGUCUCACUGUUUUGAUCCUAUGGAGUUUGUUAUAACUCCUAAUUUAUGUGCCCAUGUGCAGACUACUCAGGAUUGGGUUGCGAAAUUGGGCAAAUCAACUGUACUUGACUCAGCUUGUAGGCCUAAUCUUGAAGACCUUUCAUCUUGUAGUGCAUGUGUAGAUGCUGGGCUUAAAAUUCAAUCUGAUUUGAUAUCAAUUGAUGGUAACUCAACUCAUGGUACAGAUUGUUUAUACUUCACAAUUCUGUAUGCUGCUGGGAUUGUUAAUGAAUUUGGUCCUGAAAGUGAGGGUGCUAUAACAUGUAUAUUUGUUAUAGACUUGGAAUCUGAUGUGGGUUCAUCUAAUAAAGGUCAUCUUGCUCUUGUUUUUGGCUUGAUAGGUGCAAGUGUUGCUAUUUUGCUCAUAUCUAGUUUGUUAGGAUUGUAUUUUUGUUGUCAUAAGAAAUGGAGAAAGAAAAGAAAUUCUAGUUUCCCCUUUAAUUUGGAUGAACAAGUGUCUAGGCCAAGACUGAAGCCGAAUACAGGGUCAAUUUGGUUCAAGCUUCCUGAUCUUGAGAAAGCAACAGAAAAUUUUUCACAGAAAAAUUUUAUUGGUAGAGGAGGGUUUGGUUUGGUUUACAAGGGAAUUUUGUCUGAUGGGACAAUGAUAGCUGUUAAGAAGAUCAUAGAAUCUGAUAUUCUAGGUGAUGCAGAAUUUUGCAAUGAAGUUGAGAUCCAUAGCAAUUUGAAGCACCGGAAUCUGGUGCCUCUUAGAGGGUGUUGUGUAGUUAAUGAAGAUGAAAAUUAUCCUGAGGAAGGGAGUCAAAGGUAUCUUGUUUAUGAUUACAUGCCUAAUGGGAACCUUGAUGAUCAUUUGUUUCCAUCAUUUGAUGAUCAAGAAGUGAAGAAACCAUUGACAUGGCCCCAAAGGAAGAGCAUAAUUUUGGAUGUCGCCAAGGGAUUAGCAUAUUUGCACUGUGGAGUAAAGCCUGCAAUAUAUCACAGAGAUAUUAAGGCAACAAAUAUAUUGUUAGAUGCUGAUAUGAGAGCAAGAGUGGCUGAUUUUGGGUUGGCAAAGCAGAGUAGGGAAAGUCAGUCUCAUCUCUCUACAAGAGUGGCCGGAACUCGUGGAUACUUGGCUCCUGAAUACGCCCUUUACGGGCAAGUGACCGAGAAGAGUGAUGUUUAUAGCUUUGGAAUAGUUGUUUUGGAGAUAAUGUGUGGGAGAAAAGCUAUUGAUUUAUCUUCCUCGGAGUCGCCACAAGCUUUUUUGAUCAGUGACUGGGUUUGGUCACUGGUGAAAGCUGGAAAAAUAGAAGAUGCAUUAGAUGUUUGUUUGGUGAGAGAUGGGGAAUCAUCAAAUACUUCAAAUGGCAAGGCCAUAAUGGAGAGUUUUCUGCUUGUUGGUGUUUUGUGUGCUCAUGUGAUUUUGGCCUCAAGGCCUACUAUACUGGAUGCUCUGAAAAUGUUAGAAGGGGAUAUUGAAGUUCCAACCAUUCCCAAUCGACCUAUGCCUCUUAGCCAUCCUUCAACUUUUGUUGAUUUCACCAUCUCAUCAGCUCCCAGUUUUCCACAAGUGGAGACAUGCUCAUGUAAGCCAUGAAGGUAUGCAAUUUCAUAUCUUGCAUUGCCUAAAUGGAUGAGAAGUGGCAAUGUUGCUUCCCAAAUGUUUCCUUCGGAUGAUUCUUGGGAAAUUCUUGGGUGGAUCCAGUUCAUAUUGAAGCGGGUCUUAUCUGUUUUUUUACAAAGAGAUCCCCUUAUUUAUAUCUUGAUCUAUGAGUCCAUGUAAAUAUUUUCUAUUGAUUCUACAAGAUUGAAUUUUAGUUAAUAUUAGGACUGUGCAUGCUUUUGAGACUACUGUUA